UUGUACACGCGUACGAAGUGUCACCGUGGGCCCCAAAACGGCGACGGCAUGUCCUGGCUCAUUCGAAAUGUGAAGACCCUGUCUCUGGGAUGCCUUGUCGCGCAAAACUGCGCCCUGGUGUUAACGAUGCGCUACAGCUUGACGGUCGAAGGACGCCAUUACAUACCGUCGACCGCCGUGGCCCUAAUGGAGGUCGCGGGAGCCAUGAAGAGGGUGUGGUAA